AUGUUGCCCUAAGAACAAAAGAAGACCUCUCGCAAGGACAGAAAUCGUUGCCUUCACUUCAAUUUCUCCCAGGUUGUUCCCUUCUGCGAGAUAUAUAUAGAGAGAGAGAGAGAUCUCUCUUUUCGAGUAAUCCCUCGAACUUUAGUGCUCCUUCCGCUAUAGCGCUGCGGGGAUCCUCCCGACCAAUCCUGAGUCAGCCGAAUCUUCCCCCUUCUCGCUUAGAUUCGUUUGGAUUUUUGCAGAUCGGCCAACCCUUGUGUCGCAAUUUGUUUUCUUUGUCCAUCUUCAUCGAUCUCUCUUAUUUUUUGCCGAGAGAUUGCUUUUCGAUUUUGUUCUCACUUGUUGAUCGGCUUGGGAAGUCGGAGAUGAACCCUAGAGGUAGAUUUCCGCCGCCCGGCAUGGGCAAUGGCCGAGGGGGUGGCGCGAGCACGAAUCCUGGUUUCUAUGCGAGAAAUCCUCAACAGCACCAGCAUCAGCAUCAGCAUCAGCAGCAGUAUGUGCAGCGGAAUCCGGGGAAUGGCCAGCCGAACCGGCAAUUCCAGCACCAGCAUCAGCAGUGGUCGAGAAGGAAUUGGGUAGGAGGUGACUCUGGUGCUGGCGAAGUAAUGAAAUCGGUUCAAUCUGAGGCGACCGACUCCAGCUUGCAAGAUUGGAAGGCACAAUUGAAGAUACCACCUGCUGACUCACGUUACAAGACAGAGGAUGUGACUGCAACUAAAGGAAACGAAUUUGAGGACUAUUUUCUGAAGCGGGAACUUCUUAUGGGAAUUUAUGAGAAGGGUUUUGAAAGGCCUUCACCUAUUCAGGAAGAAAGCAUUCCUAUUGCACUCACUGGCAGUGACAUUCUUGCCAGAGCUAAAAAUGGGACUGGGAAGACAGCUGCAUUUUGUAUUCCUGCACUUGAAAAAAUUGACCAAGAUUGCAACGCUAUUCAAGUUGUCAUAUUGGUUCCAACAAGAGAGUUAGCGCUACAGACAUCACAAGUUUGUAAGGAGCUUGGAAAACAUUUGAGGAUCCAGGUUAUGGUUAGUACUGGAGGGACCAGUUUGAAGGAUGACAUUAUGCGUUUAUAUCAACCUGUCCACCUGCUUGUUGGAACACCUGGUCGAAUACUUGACCUUGCGAAAAAAGGUGUUUGUGUCUUGAAGGAUUGUUCAAUGCUUAUUAUGGAUGAGGCUGACAAACUACUGUCUCCUGAGUUUCAACCAACGAUAGAGCAGCUUAUUCAGUUUCUUCCUGCCAAUCGGCAGAUUUUAAUGUUUUCAGCAACAUUUCCUGUAACAGUCAAAGAUUUUAAAGACAAAUACCUUCCAAAACCCUAUAUUAUCAAUCUAAUGGAUGAACUGACACUGAAGGGAAUAACACAGUACUAUGCUUUUGUCGAGGAAAGACAGAAGGUCCACUGCCUGAAUACCCUUUUCUCAAAGCUUCAAAUUAACCAGUCUAUUAUUUUCUGUAACUCUGUUAACCGAGUGGAGCUGUUAGCAAAGAAGAUCACUGAGCUUGGUUAUUCCUGCUUCUACAUCCAUGCUAAAAUGCUGCAAGAUCAUAGGAAUCGUGUUUUUCACGACUUCCGCAAUGGAGCAUGCAGGAAUCUUGUUUGCACAGAUCUAUUUACAAGGGGAAUUGAUAUUCAAGCUGUCAAUGUUGUCAUCAAUUUUGAUUUUCCAAAGAACUCUGAAACAUAUCUGCACAGGGUUGGUCGUUCAGGCCGAUUUGGUCACCUUGGUUUGGCCAUCAAUCUGAUCACCUAUGAGGAUCGCUUUAAUCUGUAUAGGAUUGAGCAAGAACUUGGAGCAGAAAUAAAACAGAUUCCGCCGCAGAUUGAUCGCACUAUAUACUGCACGUGAACCACAGCAAGUUAUGUCUGGCCUUUCAUGGGUUUAUCUCAUUACCUUGUUCAUACCGUCAUGGCAGCAGAUGGCACAAUGGAUAUAUCAAAAUCAGCUUUUAUUUUUAGACUAUGCUGAUACCUAUUGGGUAACUUCAAAUCAUGAUCAUUCUUGACUGUGUUGUCAAGUUGGGUAUUAGAUUCUCUUGACACGCAGGUGGAAGAAGGCUUUAAAUUGUCUGUACUUUGGUUCUCUUGUCAACCAAGUACUGGUAAGGAGAUAAUAGUCGCAUCAUGUUGUAUGCACCGAAUGCGCACAGUUGAAGUUUGCAAAGUAGGAUUCUCGUCUCCAAAUGUCUGUUUAAAUGCCUAAAUCUAACCACUGUUCUAAAUUGUAGGUUUAUGCCAUAAACAAGUUAUCCGUGGCAUGUUUGUGCUUAUGGUUUUGUACUA